AUGGCCAACAAAGGCAGAUCUAACCACAAGACACAAAGAUCAAGCCACCACCUCCCAGGUAAAGGUCCACAAUCCGCAACCAGGUACUUGAUGAUGAAGCUGGAAGUCGCAGAUGCUUUGGCGAAGGAAGGGACAAAGAACACAGUUUUUGAUGUACCCACUUUUUUGUUAAUUCCUCCAGUGUCUGCCCAAAAGGUUGUACAAGCAGACACCCUAAGAACUACUUAUGUUAGAACAAUGAAAAAUUGUAACAAUAUUUUCCAGGGUCGGGAUGUGGCCCGAACUAUUACUAACGGUACUCCUAACUAGUAUGUUUAUUUAUAUAUAAAAUGCAUCAUUUUGAUAAAAAAAAAAACAAUCAGAACCACACGAGUAAGCCCGUAGAAAUGAGUCAACGGUUUUCAACCAUUGAAUUCUUCAGGAUAGUAGAGAACAAGAAAGUGAAGAAAAUGUUUAUUUCCUAUUCUCUCUCUAUCCAAUUAUGAGAGGUCUGGUAUGCCAUUUCACAGUAGAUACAAGACUUACAGUAUCAGAAGGAAAAAUCAGAAUGAAAGUGCAACACACGGUUAUGUUACAUCAGUUGUUAUUAAGGUAACUAAACAUAUUAAUAACUGGCAGGGCGGUGAUUUAUUAAGUGCUGAUCCCUGAAUAAAAAGCAUGGACGAAA